UGUGGUGGCAGUUUGUUUAGCCAAACUAAACCUCCAUUCACUUCUCCUAUCCCGGUGUCCCACCAGACACGUUCAGAGUCCGACUUCGUCCGCUACCCCGGGAUCAACGACACAGAGGUCCUCACCUGUGAGUGUUCCAACCACGCCUGUCAGAAGGUCUUAUGGUUACGCACUCUCCACAACAACCUCGACAUCCAGUUCCUUCUCAGCCUCAACAAUGCUGGCCGGACCAGCCACGAAGCCAGUGUGGGCGAACACCGGUUCCAGGCCAGUAAGCGUGAUACGGGAAGCAAGAUGACUUUCACACUGCGCCUCAUUAACAUAAGGUCAGAGGACGCAGGGCUUUACACCUGUAUGCUCCAGAACCAGAAAGAGAACAAGUUGUGGAGGCCAGGAGUUCUUCUCAGACCUGGAGAAACUCGGCCAACAUUACUCCCCGUCACAAAGCCCCAGCCCCAAGGCAUCCCAAACAGCACCCCAAACGGCCGCUGCACCAAAGGCAACUAUCAAACCCCAAAAGGCUGUGGCUCCAAGGUUCUCUGGCCGUUGGUUGGAGUGCUGCUGGCUGUGGCUUUGAUCUCCACACAGUACUACUUCAGCAGAAAGGACCAUUGGAGUAAUUCAGAGCGCCCACACUGCAGACGCAGAGACAGUGCUGUAUUUACUGUGUGUCCUUACAGGGAUCUCCUUCCACUUUAUGAAUCUGAAGACUGUUUUAUCAUCUUACUUUUCUAUUCUUUGUUCAUUACAACGAUGAACCAAUCAGAAGUUCCAACUGUCUAAAAGAAAACAUUUAGGAUUCUGUUCACAAUGUUAACGUCUCUGGCUAUGGAUUUGUUAUUAAGUGGGUGUUUCAAAUAUUAAACCUUUAUAUUGAACAGGUAUUACUCUCGUAUGUGCUAGUAUUACACCAAUGCUAUGCAUUCUGCUGCGGUAGCCUAAUGUUAUGAUUAUUGGAUGUGUGCAUCAUGUAUUGAUGAUAAAUAAAAGCUGUAAAAAAUAUAAUUA